CGACUUGUUAGAGAAAACGCCCUAUUUCUCUCGUGAGCAACAUGGCGGACAACGGUAGGGAACCUCCUCCCCUUUUUGAAGACGACGAGAAGAGUGGAGAUAAAGCAGAUCUAGUAGAGGAAACACUGAAGGAGAAAACUGAAGAUGUCGCAUUAGAAGAUGAUGAUGAUCUCUUUGGAGGUGGCGGCACCGAGGUUUCCCUGGAUGACUCGCCUGUAGCGGAGUCCAGCGAGCCUGCCAAGUUGGACGCUGAGCCGACAUCUCCACUGACCCUGGAGACGGAGAAGCCAGACCCUGCUCCUACUGUGAAGGAGCCAGAGGGAGCCGCAGUAGGAGGAGCUGGAGAGCCAGAGGAGAUUAAGAAGAAGAGUGAGAAGAAGAGUGAAAUGGAUGAGAUGGAAAUGGAAGAGGAGGAAAGCGGGGACAAGUUUGACAUUGAAAUCACCAUUACUGAGCCACAGAAGAUGGGUGAUGGCAUGAGCUCAUACAUGGCCUACAAGGUGACAACAAAGACCAAUGACCCAUCCUUCAAGAAAAAAGAAAUGGGGGUGAUGAGACGAUUCAGUGAUUUCUUGGGUUUGCAUCAGAAGCUGGUCGAGAAGCACACAACCAAGGGGCGCAUUGUUCCGCCAGCUCCAGAGAAGAGUGUUGUAGGGAUGACCAAAGUAAAGAUGGCCAAGUCCAGUGAACAAACCACGUCCAUGGAGUUCAUCGGUAAGCGAAGAGCAGCCCUGGAGCGAUUCCUCAACCGAACAGCCGCUCAUUCCAUCCUCUACACAGACAACGACUUCAGAGAAUUCUUGGAGAAGGAAGACCUCCCGAAAGCAACCAACACGUCGGCCCUGAGUGGCGCUGGUGUCCUGAGAGCUUUCACCAAGGUGGUGGACAGUGCCUCCAAGGUGGUCUCUAGAAUGAACGAAGCAGACCAAUGGUUUGAGGAGAAGCAGCAUAUGAUAGACAGUCUGGAUGCACAGCUCAAGAAACUUCAUGCUAGUGUAGAGAGCAUGGUCACAACCAGGAAAGAAUUGGCCAUCACCACCUCCACUUUCGCCAAGAGUUCUGCCAUGUUGGGCAAUUCAGAGGAGCACACUGCCCUCUCUAGAGCCAUUUCCCAGCUGGCUGAAACAGAGGAGAAGAUAGAGGCUCUGCACAGCAGCCAAGCCGCCACUGACUUCUACGUGCUCUCGGAGCUCCUGAAGGACUACAUUGGACUCUUAGCUGCCGUUAGAGAAGCGUUCCGUGAGCGAGAGAAGUGCUUCCUGACCUGGCAGAAUGCCCAGACCACCCUGACCAAGAAAAGGGAGACGGAGGCUAAGCUCAAGAUCAACGGCAAGCCAGAGAAACUCCAGCAGGUCCAGGAUGAGAUUAAAGAUUGGGAAGCUAAGGAAGUAAAAGGACAAGAAGAAUUUGAAAUCAUCUCCAAAACUCUUCGAAGAGAAAUCAGUAGAUUUGAGUCCAAUCGAGUACGUGAUUUCCGUACUGUUGUGAUCAAGUACCUUGAAUCUUUGAUGAACCAUCAGCAACAGCUCAUCCAGUAUUGGGAAGCUUUCCUUCCAGAAGCCACAGCCAUUGCAUGAUCCUUCAUACCGGUCAAGGCCUUCCACCUAGAUAUCACCAAUCAGUCGCAUCGACACACGUUGAUCUAGAACAGUUGUCGCAAAAUUAAACCACCAGUCAUGAUAUAAAUGUAUCUAAGGUAUUCUUGAGUUCUGGUAAAGAAAAUACAUAUAAAUUGAGAUUACAAAAAUAGUUAUUAAAACAUUUAUGAUCCAUUGUAGAUAAGAAUUCUGAUAUGAUAUAAGGUUCAGCAGAGGAUUUUGAAGAUGAAUUUCAGUAGAUAUAUUAUCGAGAUGGGCAAAUCUUGCUGAUUAUCACACACGCACCCCCACACACACACACAAAUUGCAAAAAUCCUACGUGGAUAUGUACAUAUGGGGCAAUGCAUUUGUAAGAUUGUCUAAUCAGUCUUGGUGUCCUUAUAUCUCACCGAAGCUAUUGCUAUUGUUGUCAUAUCAUUUUUUGUUAGGCAGGAUCUGUUGUUUUUAACAUGCAGUGUAAACUUUGAUUGGUUACCGGUAUGUGGGAACUUAUACUUCUUUUCAGCUUUCUCAGAACUCAGGAUUACUUUACACUCUUCUUUCCACAUAGCAGACAUUGUCAAGUCUCAAUGUUGGUAUCUGCACAGAUAAUUAGAUUUAUAAUCCUCAUUCUUUGAAGUGUACUUGACAAGUUUUUACCAUUUGCAUUGAAUUACAAGAAAUUCUUUCAUAUGAUUUAUGGAUUUAUGGAUUUCUAUAAGAAUUGAGUGGAAAAACUAAUUGGUUUUUGUUUUUUAACAUACACACCUCUGUCAAAUUUUUCGGAAAUUUUCAGAGAAGAAUUGAUUUACUGAAAAAUUGUUAUACUCGAUUUAUGAAUGUCUUUUUUUAUUUAUUUUUUUUAUUUCAUAAUCUUUUUUUUAUUGAUAAGAGGUAAAGAUGCAUUUGAGUAAUUAGUUAAGUAAUGCUAUUUUUAUACCUCAAUUUUGCAGAUACUUUCAGCAUACUCCACUUUACCUGCAAUUACAAAUACAAAGCCUUAUAUGAAAAGACAAAUUUUUCUGUGAAAUGUUCUUGUCCAAAUAAAGAAAUGGAGCCAUGUGAUGUGUAGUAAAUAUACCUGAUACAGGUUUGAAUGUAGAAAAAGAGUAAUAUGUAUAAUAUAUAAAAGAAACAUCUUCAAUCAAAUUUAUCAUUCCUAAUUAAGGCUUAUUCUGUCAUGCUGGUGAUGUCUGUCCACAGAAACAUUUUGUCAUUUCAUUUCUUGUACUUUGUCACCUGAUAUCUGCAAUUCUGCAUAUUUGAGAGCAAACAUGUACCGUCGGAGCACAUUAAAUAAAUGUGACUUGUAUGUAUCUGAUGCAAAGAAAUCUGCACCUUUUUUGAAGAUGGUACAUGUUUUUCCCUCUUGCCCAUCCAAGAUAUGUACUGUCGUGAAAUCAGAAACUUGUGCAAACAGAAACUUUGGCAAAUUGUAAAAACCAGGCAUUUUUGCACAGCAUGAAACCUUCAUGAAUCACAAAAAUUCAGUGAUUUGAAUAUUAAUUUUGUGGUAUGGACCUUCACGGAUCUUAACCACUUGCAAAAUUUCAUAAACAUUUCAUGUUCUGUUUCUGAUUAUAAGCCCAAUGCACACUAUAUGAUUCUUCUGCGAUUCGAUUUUCAAAGUUGCAUUAACUACGAGCAUCUACACCAAUAUCAUCACCCUGAUUGUGGUUCUGAGUAAUGAUAUAAAUAUCAACAUCGAAGUCGGACCGUAUAGUGUGCGAUGGGCAUUACUCUAACAAAAUGUUACAAUUAUGUUGAAGCAUCAAUAGAGGACCUAAGUAUUUUAGAAACUAACCACUUAUGUAAGGGUAUAGGAAACUGACUUGUGUAGUAUAAUAUCUACUGGUAGAUUCCCAAUAGCACGUUUUCUAGACUCCGAGCGUGUUAUUGAUUGAGAAACACAAUUUGUGGUCGUGGAUGUCAGCUGGAGUCUUUCAUCAGUCGUACAUGAACUGACAACCAAGCCUCUAUUAAACAUGAAGUGUCAAUGCAACCUUCCAUCAAGCCAUCAAGCCCUUUUUUCUGAUAUUGGAUGGAGAAAAUGUGAGGAAAACAAGAUCGAGA